UUUUAAUUUUGCAUUUGUUUUUUUUUACCUUAUUUGAAAACCCUGGUUUUUCUAGUCCCUAAAUCAAUAGGUGAUAUGCUGGUUCGGGUAAAUCAAAGAAAAUUCUGAGAAGAGUGGCGAAAAUCCCCUAUUCUAUCUUCCGCAGAGAAUCCCAAGAAAUCGACUCGAAAAGAGUGUUGAGUAUGGCCACGUCGAAUGCAAAUACAAGAAGCUCAACCAUGAUGAUAUUAUCGGGUCCGUGUUGGAGUACAUACGGUUAUGAGAACGGGUCCCCGUGUCUUUAGAUACCGCUAUUCAACGCGCUCCCUAGGCAACCGCUCUAUUUCGCAUCGGGCGGGAAUUGAAAUCAGUGCUGGGCAAGCGAAGCACUCAAUUACACAGAUUGCAAAUGGCAUGGAGGCCCAGAUAAGAUUUUCCCCUGGUACCCCUUCGCGAAGAACAGGGUGAUGUACUACCAGCCGGGGAAAUCUAUGGGCCCUCGUACCGAAGGAGGGGCUAGAACACCCUGUUGCCAGUUUAUCAACUCAAUGAAAAGACAAGCGGGCAGAGCACUUAAGAAGUGCUACCCGAAACUUGUAUAAAAUCAGUUAACUGCCGGCACUGGAACAAGCCACUUGGUUAGCUCAACUUUUUGUUUACGCGCCCUUCGGAGAUACGUUUAUAUAAUAUAUACACAAUAUAAAUAUAACCCCGUUUAACGAGAGAAAAGAUGUCGAUGCACCAGCUGCUUCUGUACUCACUUUGCCUUUGGGCCGUGGUCGUGUUUUGUGCCCCAACUCCCAGUGAAUCCCGUCGCGUGAUCUUCCUGAAGCCGAAUGGCAUUCAUCGCGGCCAGAUCCUGGCCACCCAUGGCAUGGAGAAGUCCUGCCCCAAAUGCCACAUGCUGGACCAUCGUGGCAAUUGCCGGCGCAUCAUAGCUUACAAUGCAGUCCAGCGUCUGUUCAUCCUGACCUUUGUCGUUCUGGCCAUGAUCUUAGCCCAAAGCCCCCGGAUAACGGAAGCCCGCCGCCUGAUCUUCUACAAUCCGCAUACCAAGCCACUCACCAGUCAGCUCCUCGUGUCCCGCAGGCUCACGAAACCCUGUCCCGCCGGAAAAAUGAGGGAUCACCGGGAUCGGUGUCGUCGCGCCGUCAUCUUUGGACGCAGCACCUGAACACCAAGCUGAAAAAUCUCCCUUUUUUAGUAGUAGACAUUUUUUUUUGACCUAGUCGUAAGCUAACUUAUUUUAGUCGUAGUUACGUCACAAUGUGACCGUCGAAGUAUUUAUUACAA